AUGAAACUUAAUUUAGACGCUAUGCUCGACAAGAUUUGGGAACAUUUGGCACUCAUUCAGGUCUACACUAAAAAGAGAGGCCUCUGUGAGAUAACAAGCAUUUCAUGCGAUAUUUUCAUGCAUUUGUCAGAACCGCCUGAUUUCGAAGACGGCCUUAUUUUGAGAAGGAGUUCCACUGUAGAGCACGUCUGCCACACAAUUCAUAGGACUAUUGCCGAUACCUUUAAAUAUGCAUUGGUUUGGGGAACGAGUACUAAAUAUAGUCCACAAAGGGUUGGUCUGAAUCACGUCGUCCACCACGAAGAUGUCGUCCAAAUAAUUAAGAAAUGA